AUGAAUCACCCUGUGGACGUGAGUUACCCUGUGGGCUCAGACGGACUAGGGCAGGACCUGCGUGCCCCUCAUUCCCUUGCCCCCAAUUCCCUUUUCCCCGUCGCCUUCACCUCUCCACCACCAUUUCCCAAUCCCUCUGCUACUGCGCCCCUCUCACCAGCAAUCCUCCUUCCACUGCCCCAUUCACCAUUCCCAUCCCAUCCUUCUCUUCUACCAUUCCUUUCAUCUCCCCGACCGCCCCCCUCCCCCUCCUGCCCCCUUCUCUCCCCCCCUCCUCCUCGCAAACCCCCUCCACAGCUACAAGGAGUUAUAUCUGCACCAGUUCUUGGGCUUCGAAUACGUAUAAUUCGCCGCCUCUGUCGUCUGCCAUUCUCUUUGUCUCAUCUGCUCCCACACCCACCCAUUCCCCACUUCUCCCCUCCCCCCCUUCCUUCCCCCAGCUACGAGGAGUUUUACCUCCACCAGUUCUUCGGACUUGACUACGAGGAGUUCUACCUGCACCAGAUCUUUGGCCUCGAGUACGCACGAUACGCCGCCUCGGUGAUGUCGGGCAUCCCCUUUGUCUCGUGA